CUGGGAGCCAUCUGCACCUGCACGUGCUAUGGAGGACAGCAGGGCUGGAGGUGUGAGAACUGCCGUCGCCCUGGCGCUGACAUAGACGCCGACCUGCUGCAGCCCAUCCACACAGAUGCCUUCGACCGCUACAGAGAGAACGCCCUACGCAAACUGAAUAUCCAGUGCCCUAUUGAAUGCCUGAGACCAGACCUGCUGGCAGAUGCCCAAAGCCCAACCGAAUAGUGUCCCUCUCUCCCUCCACUGCUAACUUUGUGGUGAGCCUAUAUGUGAAGGAAGUUUGCCCCCAUCCACCCCUCCUCUAAAGAAUAAGAACAGUACCCCAUCCCAGCUCCCUAAAGCAGCCUACAGUACAUGGUGUGCAUGACCUCGGUUUUCAUCUCCUCACCAUCACAAGUCCUGACUUCUGGAGAAACUGGAUAGUUGGGAAACAAGAUGGCCGACACCCUCUGCAGUACCCUUGUUUAAGUGUGUCAGGCCUGUUUUGUACUGUAGUUAGUACAUUACCUAGGAAUAGUGAAGGUUUGGCUGGUGGGUCUAGGGAGCCGAGAUGGGAACUGGACUAAAAUCUUUACGUCUUCCUUUCUGGUUCUAGUUUAUGGCUUAAACCAGAUCACCGCCAUCUUUAUCCUGCUGCACCUUAUUUUACACACCUGCCUUUUGUAGUAGGAGGCCCUACUACAUCACAUCCUGUUGCAUCAUCAUCACUUCCUGUGUAAGAAGUAUCGUUAUUCACCUGCUGGGUUUCCCCCCUCACACCCACACCCUCCAGGCCCCGCCCCAUCCCCUGAAGCGGCCAAUCGAGAACGAGAAUGCACAACUGACCUAUGCAGUGAAGUUUAAUUUAGUGCCUUACAGUAUUCCCUCUCUGAGGAUUGGUCAGCUGAAGGAUGUUCAUUUUCCAGCCCCUUUUAAGAUGACAGAGUGCAAGCGUGGAGAAGUGAUGAUGACUAUUAAAAACAAAAUGAAACUCCCACUUUAGUGUUUUAGUCAAAGAUUAGUCAUCUCCUCAACCCAUCCCUCAGUACUGGCCCAAGCAGCCUCUAAGACCCCUUUACUGGCCAGAUGAUAGAAUAUAGACUUUGACGUCAAGAAUAUAAAAAGAGUCUUCAAAAUCGAGCACUGACUUAACAUGCUAGUCUUGAUGCCUCAAAGACAGCUGGUAUUCAUUUCUCUACAAACUGAUUGGUCAUAUUCCAAAAGUAGUCCUGUUUUUUGUUUUGUUUGUUUGUUUGUUUGUUUGUUUUUUUUACCCGGCAACAGCGGAAAGCACUGUGGUUUUAUUGAUGGAUGAACUAAGUAGAGACACUCAACUGAUAUUGACUUGGUUUUGUGUUAUUGUAUUUGUUGUUAAAAUUGAUUUCAUGUUUUUUAUUUGUUUUUGGUUUUUACUUGUUUUUAUUUAUCCCAAUAUAUGUUUAGCAUUUUUUGUUGGAAUGCAAAUCUUGGGGUGUACACUUUUUUAUAUUGUAGGUGCCAAAGUCUAAACUACUGUGGACUUAAAAUCCUUUUUAAUAAAGUUUUACAA